AUGGCACACGAUCACAAGGUGCUCGACGCGCUGGACGCCGCCAAGACACAGUGGUACCACUUCACGGCGGUGGUGAUCGCCGGCAUGGGCUUCUUCACGGACGCCUACGACCUCUUCUCCAUCUCCCUCGUCACCAAGCUCCUCGGCCGCAUCUACUACUUCGACCCCAGUUCCAAGACCCCCGGCUCCCUCCCACCCAACGUCUCCGCCGCCGUGAACAGCGUCGCGUUCUGCGGCACGCUCGCCGGGCAACUCUUCUUCGGCUGUCUCGGCGACAAGAUGGGCCGCAAGAAGGUGUACGGCAUGACGCUGAUGCUCAUGGUGGUCUGCUGCCUCGCCUCCGGCCUCUCGUUCGGGUCCACGCCCAAGCGCGUCAUGGCCACGCUCUUCUUCUUCCGCUUCUGGCUUGGCUUCGGCAUCGGCGGCGACUACCCGCUGUCGGCCACCAUAUACCAUGUCCGAGGCUUCGGCAACCUCACCGGUGGCAUUGUUGCCAUCGUCGUCUCGGCGGCGUUCACGGCUCGCUUCGACGCGCCGGCGUACAAGGACGACCUCGCCGGCUCCACGGUGCCGCAGGCUGACUUCGCGUGGCGCAUCGUCCUCAUGUUCGGCGCCAUCCCGGCACUGCUCACCUACUACUGGCGCAUGAAGAUGCCCGAGACGGCGCGGUACACCGCGCUGGUGGCCACGAACGCCAAGCAGGCGACGUCCGACAUGGCGCGCGUGCUCAACGUCGAGCUUGCCGAGGAGCAGCAGAAGGCGAAGGCGGAGGAGCUGGAGCGCCGCCGCGAGGAGUACGGGCUCUUCUCCCGGCAGUUCGCCAAGCGCCACGGCCUCCACCUGCUGGGCACGACGGUGUGCUGGUUCAUGCUGGACAUCGCUUUCUACUCGCAGAACCUGUUCCAGAAGGACAUCUACGCCGCCGUGAACUGGCUGCCCAAGGCGGACACCAUGAACGCCCUGGAGGAGAUGUUCAAGAUCUCCCGCGCGCAGACGCUGCUCGGCGGCUUCUUCUUCAUGACGGUGUUCAUGCUGGGCCUCGCCAUCCCGUACCACCACUGGACGACGCCGGGGCACCACGUCGGCUUCGUCGUCAUGUACGCGUUCACCUUCUUCUUCGCCAACUUUGGUCCAAACUCCACCACCUUCGUCGUGCCGGCAGAGAUCUUCCCAGCAAGGCUGCGGUCCACGUGCCACGGCAUCUCUUCAGCUGCAGGGAAGUCUGGCGCCAUUGUCGGGUCAUUCGGGUUCCUGUACGCGGCGCAGAGCACGGAUCCCACCAAGACGGAUGCCGGGUACUGUCAUCGGGUUCCUGUUCACGUUCCUGGUUCCGGAGUCCAAGGGGAAGUCGCUGGAGGAGCUCUCCGGCGAGAACGAGCACGAGGAGGCAGCACCUGCCCAGAGUAA